UCCUUCACCCCUCAUUCUCUAGUUUCUUCACUCAAACAAGCCUCGAGCCCUCGCCGCCGUUAUCACAGGUUUGAAGGAGAAGAAAUGAAUGCGUUCAAGGCUUUUAAAACCAAUGUUCCAAUUGCAUGGAGCCCUAAUCUGUAUAUAACUUUGGUGAGGGGAAUCCCAGGAACCAGGAGGCUUCACAGGCGCACUUUAGAGGCACUACGUCUUCGCAAAUGCAACCGAACUGUCAUGCGAUGGAACACUCCUACUGUUAGGGGAAUGAUCCAACAGGUCAAGAGAUUGGUUGUGGUUGAGACAGAAGAGAUGUAUAAAGCCCGAAAACAAAAGGAUGCAGACCACCGAGCUCCUCGUCCCCCGUUGAUUAUAAAUCACCUCCCUGCUUCUGCAAAUGGUUCUUCUUCAUAGCCUAUGUAAUUGAUUAGAGGUCAGCUCUCGGUUUCUUAGAUGUGGGACUCUUGGGUGAGGAGACAAACUCUCCUGUAGUGUAUUUUGUUAUAAGCUGCUACAGCUGGAUCCAGUUGUUUAUCAACUUUUAUCUUUGGUCUUCUUUCUGAAAUUUUGCACUGGUUCUGAACUAGGUCGAAAACAUUAAAACAAGUAAUCUUGCAAUUAAAUAGGCCUUCUAUUUGCAUAUGCAAUAUAUUUGAAGGUUUGAUAUGGUGAAUGCCUGAUUUUCAAACAAGCAAACUAGCAAUUCAUGCAUCUGUUGUGUUGUAAAUUUCUGUUUGGUUGAAUAAAAAUGUAUUAUUCCAUUGCAUUCU